AUGUUACUUAGUUCUUGGGUUAAUUCGCUUGCCUCUCAUCUCAACAUCCAAAAUCUGAGUUUCAGUGUUCUCGAUCCAAAUUCAAUGUUUCCAUGGAUGGUUAAGGCCCUGAAAGUUAGGGAUGAUGCUUUUUCCACAAGGGUACAUCUUGGAUGUAUAGAAAGUUGGGGUCUCAUUUUCAACACCUUUACUGAGCUAGAUGGGGGUAAAAUGAAUAUGAUCAAGGAAGACUUUAGCAAACAUGAUCGGCUGUGGGCGGUUGGGCCUUUGCUACCUAUAAAAGCUAGCAGCAAGGAAUCCAAUGAAAGGGGUGGACCAAGCUCAAUACCGCAAGAUCAAGUUGUGGCAUGGCUUGAUUCUUGUCAAGUUGACAAAUCAUUAAUCUACGUUGGCUUCGGAACCCAGAUUACCUUGACCAAACGGCAGAUGGAAGCGAUAGCCUCCACAUUGGAGGAGAGUGGGGUGCGUUUCAUUUGGGCUGUCAAGGAUCCAAUUAUUAAAAAUUAA